AUGAACAACGGGCCGGGAUCCUUCAACGCCAUCUGCCAGCAAGCAGGUCUCGAGCUCGGACAGAAUGGCGCGCCCAACGUGCUUAAUGUAGAGCCUUCGCGAUUUCAACGAGAGGCUUCUCGACUGAUUCAGCGUGGCGGUGCAUCAGGAGCAAGCUGUGUCGAGUCUUUCCUUGAAGGUCUUCAGGAGCAUUUGGAAGAUGCUGAUAACCUGCGGAAAUGUCUUAUCCCCAUCAUCAAGUCAAGCGACAAAGGCCAGCAGGCGCUUUCGAACGGCGAGAGUUUGGUCCGCAUCCUGUUGAGUAUCGACAUCAUUCAGCCAGGACUUAUGGAAGCGCUGCUGGAGCGGAUAUUUGGCUUCCUAAGCGAUGAGGAGAAGGAGUCAUCUACACCGAAACUUAUUCUGCAACAGAUGAGAUGGCUGAACAACAUCAUUGAGCCAGCGCAACUCUCUGCCAAGUUGCUCGAGGUCAUCGGAGUGUCUUCUGUCACAAUUCAACGAGAUAUUAUUACCAGUUUACCAGAGAUUGUGCCAGAUUCGGAGCACAAGGCUGUUGUUCUUGGACUUUUCGAGUUGAUGGAGAGUUCUUCUGAGCUUAUGGUGCCGAUUCUGGAUGCGUUGUCGAACUUGAACUUGCAGUCGGAUAUGCUGGUCAACGCGAGGAAUCAUGUUAUGAACAAGCUGAUCUCGGCAGAGCUGGAUGACCUUCCAAUUGUGAUCAAGUUCUUGCUGCAAACUGUGGAACCGGAUAACGUGGGAGAUGUCAUUGAAACGAUUCGCCAAAAGCUGGACUUUCGGUCUAUCAACAAACUUCAAAAGAGCUCCAGGACAAAGUCAAAGAAGGUCUCUAUCAACCAAACACCGGAGGUCCUGAUUCUAGAUGCUCUUAAAAUCGGUAUUAGAUUCCAAAAGUUUGUCAUGGACGCGUGGUUCAAGGCGCUGGUCGCCAUUUCCAAACCCGGCCAGUACAAAGUGAUUGAUGUCAUGGUCAUGUUCAUUCUGUACUCAAUCGUUAGUUUGAAGAAAAAAGUAGAGGUCAUGAUCCGCAAAAAGAUUAUUGAAGGCCUGUUGACAAGGAAGCUACUGGAGGAUACCAUCUUGGUCCACGGAGUGUCCCUGCGAGAAUACAUGUCGGCUGUUCUCUCGAUCUCUGAAAACCUGUUACGGUCUAGCCAAAACCACCCAAUAGUUGCAAGGACUGCAUCGGCACUUUACACAAGUGCGUUUCAGGUGUCAGAUGGAUAUUACCGUCAGGAGAUUGUUGGAUCAUUACUCGUUCAUAUCGGAAGUGGGUCAAGCAUCGAAAUCGACGCGUCGUUGGCGGUGCUGCAGGAUAUUGUGCAGGUCUCGCGGUCGGCUUUGAAUGAGUACAGCUUGUUCAUAAAGGGAGUCUUGAGCUACAUGGACAAUAUGUCGCUUGAACACAUUCGACUGCUCUUUGUCAUCCUUGGGUCGCUUGCACGUGAGGACGAAAUAUCUUGCGACUCGGGGACGUUGAUCACGGAUCUGAAUAUCUUUAUCAGGAAGCAACUCUCCAACCCAACAGUGCAGGCCAAAAAGAUCGGAGUCAUGGGUGCCAUUGCGCUGGUCCAGGCAUUCGGUGUCACGGAAAACGGUGGGGAUGAGAAGGGAUCGUCAAGUCAAGCAGUUGCCAGUCACCGGCAAGCAGAAGUGGACCCACUUCUCAAGAUCUCCGUGCAGUACCUUCAUAUGAUCAAAGAGUAUUGCCAGCGGUCAGCGGUCUGCUUGGCUAUGACGUUUGACGAACUCGCAAGCAUGGUUGUGUCAGGAAAAUUGAAUCCAAAGCUGGUUAUUUGGGUCAAGGAGGAAUUCUCGAACCAGUUUGCGGAGACGUUUGUUUGCGGAGCGAACGAGACUUUCCCUAUGAAGCCCACACGCAACAUUGCCAUGGAACGAUGGAUGAACCUCGACGGACCUGAAUCUGAGCUGUCGAUCAGUAUUAUGCCAAGUCUGUGCGCGGACCUGUCCAAGAUUGCAUCUCAAGGGACUUUGAUCGAGACUGCCGACGGCGCUGUGUAUUUGUGCUCGCUCUUCAAAUUGCUCCAGGCAACUGAGAAAGUCACCAGCGACAACGGAUUAGAUGACAUUGACGGACUGCUCGGUUGUGGAAUCACGAUGUUCAAGCACGAGUAUCUUGAAGACAUCUCGGAAGUCUACAGCCCAGAGAUUUGUCAUGCUGCCGCGCAGGGACUUCUGUUCCGUGAGAUCUCUAACGCCUUCUCAUACGAUGCGGGGGAUCAAACCUUGGCCCGCAUCAUCCUUCGACUGCAACAGAUAUCGGAGAUGGAGGAAAUGCUUCGACAUGUCUUGAAGAGCGUCCCUGGAUUCAGACCGCUUGAGGCGAUUCAUGUCAAGUCGAAGGACACACUCGCUCGAAAAGCGUUAACUAUUGGAGGAUCGCUGUCAUUGUCGUCCACCUCUUCCACUUCACAAGGCAAAAAAUCGCUAAGGGCGAUUGAUAUCGAUAGCGCUUCCUCGGGAAAAUUUACGACAUUGUCGACAGAAUUGGUUACUCUGGAGUCACUGAGCCCGUACAUGCGAGAGUUUGAAAUCGAUGUGUUCCAAGUUCUCCGAGUCCACCAGCCUAUCACCCGCGAGAUUUUCGAAGUUUCAGAGUACAACAAGAGCAACGCGGUACAGCUUCGGUUCUCAGAGAUCCGAUUCCUUUUGAAGGAUCUGCUUGCCAAAAUCACCUUCAAGUUGCCCGCACCCGUCGCUCAUAACCCCUUUGCCAAGAAGCCCAUCACUCCUACUACCAACAACCCCGCGUUGAUUCGCAUGUCAUCUGCAGACUUCAUGAAGCAGGUUUUGAAGAUCGUACCCCAUAUCGUCACCAAGACGAGGAUGAUCCUGCAUCUCCUUUUCAGCGACGACGAGGAUAUGGAUCAAUCUAGCGAGCCGGAAGAUCAUGUCGUUGUUCGGGAGUGUCUCAGUAUAUCACUCAAGUUACUUUUGGCUUUGCUGUCAUGGAAUGAGCUCCGAGCAAGCGACCAGAAGGCGCUUCGCCUAGACCUGCUGAAAGCUCUUGCAAUGGACCUUGCCUCGGAGGAGCAGCUGGCUGCCAUUCAAAGCUCGAUUAACUUGUCGGCUAUGGCGGUCGAGGCAUUCAACAACCUGGCAAAAUGGCGCGAGAUGAUGCCCAACUUUGAGACCUCUGCCAUGCUGCUAGAGGUGUUUGACAAGAUGCUGGAUUUGGUUCCACCCAACCAGGAAACUAUGGUCAGGGCCUCGACUCUUGCAACGGAAGUCUUGUCUUACAGUUGGCCUUCGACUAACAUCAUCAAGAGUGACAGACUGGCCUACGUGCUUGGACAACAGAUCGGAAAAUCUGAUGUGCGCUUAGAGAUGAUCAACCAGUAUAUCACGAACGUGUUGCCAUCGUUCCUGGAUCAGGAUGAGGGUCACUCGGAACUGCAUCCCAUGUUGACCACCCAAACCUUCACCACAUACACGAAAGUUUUGUAUGUACAACUGGUCGGACUUGUGAGUGAGUUUACAGAGGAUCACUUUGACAGUAUUGACACGGCUUUUAGUCACGUUUCAGAUCUGUCCCACUGUUUCCAAAAGUUGGCUGCGUUCGUAAAGUCGAACGACAAACGCGAGGUUCUGGCUGUGACCUUGAAGCAUUCCAAGAUAUUCAUGGACCAAUUCAUCAAGCGGGUGUUGCCAUUCAUGGGUGUGCACUUCCGUGGACACCAGGAUACAGUUGCCAAGAUCUUCAAGAACAACCUACAAUCAGCCACGCGAUCCCUACAGAAUGUGUGCGGCCACGCCAAGGCAUCGCGGGAGCAAUCGCUGACGGCGAUGGUUCCGGCCAUCAGGAAAACGAUGGAGAGUUUGAUCUUUGAGGUCAAGUUGAUGCUGGAGAACAACGAUGCCAGUGCGGCGUUCUGGCUCGGAAAUCUGAAGCACAGGAACUUGGCGGGCGAGGAGAUCAGCUCACAGCUGCCAGUUAUCUCUGAAGACGAACAGGACGAGGAUGUUGUGGAUGAAAUUGCGUCGAUGAGUGAGAACGGCGAAACCAGCCAUCAACCCACAAAGAAGGCGCCUGGAAAGAUUUCCAAGAAACGUGCACGUGCGGCCACCCCCAAGAAGAGGAAACAGGCGGCCGAUGCGACAAAUGCAGCAGUUGGUGGCAACAAGAAGACAAAGGCGAAGGCGGUGACGGCGGGCAAAAAGGUGACUGCCCCCAAAAAGCGGAAACCGACUGAACGGGAUGCUGAGUCUGAAAGCGCCAGGAUCCACACCAUGAGUCAAAUCACAAACAGUGACAUGAGUGGCGACGAAGCAAUGGAGCCAGUACAUUCGGCACUCCAGGAUAAUGGCGCAGAGGAUGACGAUGAAGACGAUGACGACGAGGGUAUUCUUCCUGUCAGGCGGAAAGCAUCCAAGAAACGAACUACCCGGGAAAAAUCGAUUGAUCUGGAAGCCGAGGAUGACGAUGAAGCAGAUACGGUACUCCUUCCUGCCAGGCGGAAACUGAUAAAGAAACGGUCUAUCCCCCGCGAGGGAUCGAUUGAUCUGGAUGACGAAGACGAUGAGGAUGAUGACGAGGAAGAGGAUGAAGGGGAGGAAGACGGUAGUGAGGACGAGGACGACGAGUAUGCGGAUAGGAUAUUGCAGGAGCAGGACGAGCGUGCAGAGAGACGCCGGCGGACCCGGAAUCCGUAUAUUGACGACUAUGCGGAUCAAGAUGAUGACGAAGAGGUGUAUAGUGAUGACGAAGAGGAAGAGGAUGGCGAAGGGUCUGAAGAUGAGGAAGGAGAUUCUUGCUAA